AAAGUUAUCAACCGAAAAGUUUCAUAUCCAAUCACGUGGUGGAUAAAUUCGGAUCGUGACGUGUUCUACCGUCAUCUAACAUUCGUUUAUGUUAUUACGUGGGAAAAACAAAUAGGAGAGACUCUGUUUUUUUCGCUCCGUUGCUCACUGAAACGUACGUAGUUGCUCUCACUCUUCACAGAUGACGGACGAAGCAUUUUCGAGAGGCCAAAAACUCCCAAAACUUAUUUCUGGUUCGAAAAGAAGGCGACGGUUAUAAGAGCCAAUAACAUCCAUGCUUAAGGAUAAAUCCGGCAAGUUUUAGCUUUUUUUAAAAAAUUCUUAGUUAUUUUCAUCCAUUUGGGCUGCGAUUGGGUAUAAUGCUGAAUUAUUAACCAGAAAGUCCUGCAUAGGUUUCUUAUGGAAGAUUUUACAUUUUUGAUCCCCCUCUCCUAAAACAAUAUCCUUUUUCAGCCCCCACCCUUUCUUUAAAAAAUUAAUUGAAAUAAAUUCUCUUCCUCAUUUGAAUGUUUUGUUUUUUGUUUUGUGACAUCCAACUUCCUAACCCAUCCCCCAUCGUUUUCGACCAAAAGUAUCUACCCCCUCCCUCCCUAAAACAUGGUUAUAGACACCCCCUUUAACUCUUUCCUUCCGAGAACUUUCUUUACCAAUCGUUAACCACAUUUCUGGCCAAUCACUUAAGCAGAGCGGAUGUAUAGAACUGGAAGUCGAGUUUGAGUUUAUAUACUUGUGUGUAUUUCUUCCGGGCCGUCUAAUACCCGGACCUGUUGACCAUCACAGUCAACGGGUCACGUUAGGUCAGAGGGAACACGUCCGUCUCCACCCAAGUCAAUGACGAAAGCAGUUCUCUUUUCUUCUCGGAUGUUUUGCGAGUUUGCCACUUUUGCCAGCCACUAGAGCAGAGAGAGAACCCUUCACCCUAGAACUGCGCGAAAUAAACAAGCAAAAGGCAGAGCUGUUAUUAUCAUAUUCUAAUUAUGACUAGCAACUCUGCCGAGAAAAAGGAAAAAGAUGAUCACGUGUCCAAACAGGAUGGAGAAAACUAUUUCAAUAUCGCACAAUUUUAUUUGAUUUCAAUGUGUUAUAGUAUCCUCAUUCCCAAAAAAUGAAACUAUACGUUGUGAGGUAACGUGUUGUUUUGCUUCGUUGAACUGGUAAACUAUUAGCUACUCUCUUGGCUUCCGACACGUGUUGUGUCUCUCCUCUCGGUCUCUCCUUUUUUUAUUUUUUGAAUUUUUCUUGCGUCAGCAGCGGUUGCCAGUCUGAGCCCCGAGUGUUGAACGGACCAACUCCAUCUGCUCUCCAUUCCGCGUCUAGCUCUCUCUCUCUCUUAACUGACUAUAGAGUGACACUAGAUGUUCCUGAUGAUGAUGGUGAAAACAAGAUGACAGCUGAUGCAACCGUUUUGCCACCGAACCGUAUCGACCACAUCUACUCUGUUAUACGCUCGUUAUACUACAUAGGCCGAUGGGUUUAAGUCGUUUUCACACUAUUACGACUCUAUGGGCCACUAAAAUUCUAGGCCUAGUUGGAAAUCUGGUUAUGACACGCGUCUUUGAACGACUAGGCCUCUUGUUUGACUGAUGGUCGUGUUGUUGGCCCUUUUCUGUUGGUUAAACGACGUUCCAUCAUCAUCGGGUGGCAAGUUCUUUGCCAGAAAUCACGCCUAAUGCGAGUGGAGGUUACAACAAAACAGCUGUUGUUGUAUUUGUGGAACUAUUACAGAAUUUAUCGAGACUCGUUUGCUGAGUAUAUAGACGAGAGUCGACGACUUUUUCUUCUUGGCCAAGUGGCUCGUUCCUGUCGUCACUCGGGUCCGCGCCAUUCGGUCGUUGAGACGGGCGAACGGCGCGCGCGGGUCGGACGCUUAAAACACCGGGUGUUGCGCCAACUUUUUCGGUUGUUGUUUCUUUCUUUUUUAACUUCCAGCCAGCUAGCUUAAAGCGGUUGGCUGUUGUAUGUAAAAGACGAGAGCUGAAUUCGGAAACUAAAGUGCGCGGUUGAAAGAUGGCCAGGGCCAACAGCAUUUUGAGCGUCUCCUAUUUCUUCCAGUUACACACACACACACUGUGUGGAGAAAGUGGGGAAUCAGCUAAUCGCUCGCAUAAUUUGAUGAUUGACACAUUUUCACGUCUAAAAGAAAACCCAACCAAAUUUACAGGACAAAACGAAGCAGCAGACGUGAGUUAUAACCGUUUCGGCGUGUACGUCGACUACAUAAAUCCAAGAGGCUUUUUGAACUACAUUUGAAAAUACAAGAAAUCGAUGAUAAGAAAGAGCGUGAGAAUGACUUAAAGGCAAUAGAACAUCUCUACUGUAAGUUUGGCUGCCUAUUGGUGCGGUGUGUGUGAAACACACAAGUGCAAGAGUUUUCAACUCGAAUCUUAUUUUCUAAUUCUCUUAUGGCUUCUCCAAAUAGUAGAACAUCAUCAUCACUCGGCAAUCAGCUCAACAGACGAACGAGGCUUACAUCUAUUAUCGGUCACGCCGCUUGCGUGAUGGAGAGCCCUGCUGACAGCCGCAUCAUCACACACUACACCACAGAUACUAUACUACUACCAGCAGCUCUAAACACGGAUAGAUAUAAUUGCGUGGGUAUUAGUACAUAGAUAUUGAUUCAAUUUAAAACGUACAUACGCAUUGAUGCGGCUGGCGACCAGUGUCACGGAAAUGAUCGGAUUGCCACCAGGUUUUAUUUCACAAUAGAUUGUUGGUUAUUUCUUUUUGUUCCGUUGAUGGAUGAAAAUGGUGGAGCCCUAUUCAACCGGCCAAUUGUCGCGUGCCAUCAGCUGAUUAUAUAUCCAAAGAAUGUACAUGAAAAGGAAAAAAAAUCUUCAAAUCGGCGAUACCCCGUUAGCACUUGACUAAACCGCCGCCAUCACACACGCGAUAAUAAUACGUAUGUAUAAACCCCCACAGAUUGAGUGUGUGCUGGACGGAGGGGUCUUCUUCUUUCUUCUUAUAUAACAUUCAAAAAUGUAUUCCCAACCCCAAUACCCGAGCCCCUAAAAACCCCACCCAUUAGACUAAUGGUUUUGAAGGGGGGAGAAGUGAUUGAAUGUGGCGUCAGUCGGUCGUACAUAACACGCAACCAGCAGCCACCACCACCAGCAGCAGCCAGAGAGAAAGGACGGCCAGUUAUUUCUUGUAUGGAUGUCCACCAGGAGGGUGACCAGACUGGGCUGUUGGUUCAAUUGAAUCAAUAUUGAUGAUAGCUUAUUGAUUCCACACAUAUGGAUGAUGCUGAUUAGCCUUCCCCCACCCCUUUUCCCCGGCUCCGGAUGAGUAUAGAUCAUCUUACUUUCCUCUUGUCACCGCUCAUCAAAGACUAUCGGAUAACACAUUGAACCGAUUACCCAAUUACCCUUUGUUUAUAGUGUUAAUCACAUCUUCAAUUAAAAAUCACUUUCCGAUUGAUCUCGUUAAAUUGUUCAAUUUUUAGCGGGAAGUUUAAACGGUGUGAAAAUGUUUGUUCAACUCAUUUACAACGUCACUGAAUAUCUUGUAAGUUGGGGGGCGUUGUCUAUAACCAUUUCUGUCGAACAUGAUUGAAUAAGAAUUAAGGAGGAUCGAAUAACUAACAUGCUUAUUUCCGAACAGACCGCAGACCUUUUGAAGAAGAUGGCUGCCAUCAGGAGGACGAAUGGACGAGGUACACACGCGAGCGAGAGACUGCACGGACGAGAUGUAAACUUGUCAUCACCGACGCGUCUCUUGAUAGAAAGGGAGGCUGGGGUGGGGAUGUGUGGGUGGGUGGAAGGAGGUGGCGGGAAUAGAAAAGGAGUGGGCGACAAUGGCCGCACUUGGCAGCCGGCAAGACCCCACUUCAACAGUCCAUCAGCGUCCUUACAUCCUGGCUCCGCCUCCUCUCCGCAAGCUCCGCCCACCCAUUUCCCUGGGCGCUCGCGUUAUAAAGUUGCCGGGAUUUCGUCGGCCCCCGUCCAGUUGUGUCAUCCAGCCGACGGAAUCCUUUCAGUUUUUUUCUCCGUUGAACUCAAACACACAAAACAAAAUUCCGACUGGAAAACAGACAAAAUGGAUUCCGAUAAAGAAGUGAAUCUCAGUGGGAAAAAUUUGACUCCGUUCUCCAUCGCCGAUAUUCUCAGCGGAAGCAGCAAAGCAUCCGCCGACAAUCCGCCGGCUCCUCCGACUCCUCCGCCAGCAUCUCAACAUCCGCCGCCAGCGGCCGUCGCCAAUGUUCACCAACCGUCUUACCCGUGGUUUCUCUUCAAUCCUCAUCCGCCGUGCUGGCCGUUGAUGUUGCCGGAAGCAUCGGCUCAAACCGGAUCCGGAGCGACAACAGGCAAUAACGGCCAGGCCGACAUGAGCAACAGUAGCGCAUUGACAACCGUUUCCUCUUCGCCGGAAGACGACGACCUGGACCGGCUGUCGGACGACGACGAGCUGUUCGAUCAAGACGACGACGAUGACGGAAGCCUCAUCGGCAGUUUGAUCUCGUCGACGGACGACGGCCAGCAGGAAGACGCCCUGGACAUGAGGGCCAGUCACCGCCAACAUCGACGUCGCCAUCGAACCCAUCGGAUGCUGAUGGACAACGAACAUCAGGCCGUGAGUGAGGAACGAUCGCUGGCCAGUUUGCCGUCGCUUCACCAUCACCUCCACCAUCACCAGCAGCAGCAGAUGCAUCAUCACCAUCAUCACCACCACCAGAUGAGGAUGGCGGCGGCGGCGGCUGCCGGAGGGCUUGGAAUGGUCGUAUCCGGCGGCCGGAAGAAACGAUCCAGGGCGGCUUUCUCUCACGGACAAGUUUUCGAGCUCGAACGCCGUUUCGGUCACCAGAAAUACCUGUCGGGUCCCGAACGGGCCGAUUUGGCCCAAAUGUUGAAACUGACUGAAACUCAGGUGAAAAUCUGGUUCCAGAAUCGUCGCUACAAAACUAAACGGCGCCAGUUGCAGCAGCAGCAACAGCAGCACGACGUUGCGGCCGCAACGAUGGCCCUCAACAACAUGGCGGCGGCUAGGCGGGUCGCCAUCCGGGUCCUGACGGAACGCCAAACGUCCGGACCUGCCCCAUCCGCAUCGGCGGUCCAUCAGCUUCACAAUCCGCAACAUCCGAUGGCCAACAACCAAAGAUCGUCGUCCACCUCGGUGAUGGCUCCAGGCCAUUCGACAUUUGCCGGACUGGCCGGCCACCACCCACAUCACCCGCAACAUCAUCACAAUGUCCACCAUCCGUUCUACUAUUGCCCGCCGGGUUACCUCGCCAUGACCCCGCCCACCGAUCCCUUCAUUAACACAACAGCAGCACCUUAAAUUAAUUAUUGCAACAGUUAUAUAAAUUUUAAAAAAGAUAAGAAAAAAUGUCGAAAUUUAAGUUAAACGUGUCGCCGGUGUUGUUGUACAAAUAAUAAGUGUCCUCAUUUUUCAGUUGAUGUUGAGUGUACAAUAAAUGAAUCAAAUAUAGUAAUUAGAUUUUAAAAAUUAUAAUAAUUUCUACGUUGGCUGGCCAUCUGUUGCUGCGGUAGACGGCCAACAAGUCGACUGUGCCCACACACACGAGAGAGAAAAGGACGGACAGGAGCUGCUUCGACUUUUUUAAAAAACACAGGA